AUGGCCACCAAGACAGACGUAGACCACCAGGAAAACCCCGCCGAAGUCGGCCUCGACAACAGCAUCAGGACCGACACACACAGCUCGCACCAACAUGAUCCUGACAAGGGCACCGCCGGGCACGCCAACUACCAUGGCAUUGACACGAGGGCCGUGUCCAUGGGGGCUGAUGAGGUGUACGAGCGAAAGAUUUCCAUCAUGAACGAAGCGCUGAUUGACCUCGGCAUGGGGUCUUUCCAAUGGAAGGUGUUUGUCAUGACGGGCUUCGGCUGGUUCGUCGACAAUCUCUGGCUGCAAGCCAUCACCAUCAUCACACCGCCUGUGCGGGCCGAGUUCGCCGUCAAGCGCAUAGCCUUCCUCAGUGUCGCCAAGUACGCAGGCCUCGUCAUCGGGUCGAGCUUCUGGCCCAUGACGGCGGAUUUUAUCGGCCGGCGGCCGGCCUUCAACAUCACCCUCCUCAUCUCCUCCGUCUCCGGCCUGGUGGGCGCGGGGAGUCCCAAUUUCGUCGCCAUCGCCACGUUCUGUGCCGGGUUAGGCCUGGGCACUGGUGGAAACCAGCCCGUCGACAGCGCCAUCUUCCUCGAGUUUGUGCCGGCGACGCACCAGUAUCUGCUCACCAUGCAGUCGUCUUUCUGGUCCGUCGGACAGGCCGUCGCGGCGCUCAUCGGAUGGCCCAUGAUCGCAAACUACUCGUGUCCCUCGGAUACGCCCGUCGGGCAAUGCGGAUACCACGAGAACCUGGGCUGGCGGUACACAUUCUGGACGUUUGGCGGUCUCACGCUUGCCAUGUUCCUCGCCCGCUUCCUGUUCCGGGUGCCUGAGACGCCCAAAUAUCUCCUCGGCAAGGGCCGCGAUAAAGAAGCCGUCGAAGUCGUCACCGCGAUCGCGAAGCGGAACAAGACGACGACAUGGCUUACCCUCUCACACUUUGAGGCAGUGGACGCCCAGCUCGCUGCGCAAAGAGCCGACGUGACAGAUGUAGCGUCGCCGCCCAACUCCGACACCAAGAACAUCGUCAAGCGAAGCGUAGAGAAGUUCGCGCCCAAGAAGAUUAUGGCGCUCUUCUCGACACCGCGCCUUGCGUUCUCGACAUCACUAAUGCUGUUCUUGUGGUGUUCCAUCGGCAUGGCGUAUCCACUAUACAACUCCUUCAUCCCCAUCUACCUCGAGAACAAGGGCGUGGCAUACGGAUCCACCUCCAUCAACACCACCUAUCGCAACUACGCCAUUCAAGCCAUCUGCGGCAUUCCUGCAUCCAUACUGGGCGGCUUCACUGUCGACAUGCGUCGCAUCGGGCGGAAGGGAACCGGAACGCUAGCCUGUCUGGGCACCGGCGUGUUCCUCUUCCUCUUCACGCGCGCACAGACGAGCGCUAGCAUUCUGGGCUUCAGCUGCGCCAUUGCCUUCUUCCAGAAUCUCGUGUACGGGCUACUCUACUCGUACACGCCGGAGCUAUUCCCGGCACCGAUCCGAGGCACGGCAAACGGUCUGGUGGCAGUCUUCAACCGCAUGAGCGGGCUCAUGGCGCCGAUUAUUGCGGCCUAUGUGGGCAUUGACACGGAUCUGCCUGUGUGGAUCUCGGCAGCGCUGUUUGUCGUUGCCGGUUUUGUGUUUCUUAUCCUGCCGUAUGAAUCGCGUGGACGAGCUGCUUCUUGA